AUGUCAGUAUCUGAAGAAAUAGAUGUUUCAAAAAUGCAUACUAUAAAUAAUGGUUUAGUGCUAUGGUUUAUUCAUCUUCACUUUUUCGGUUUUUAUGGACUUUGGCUAUUGAUUUUCGAAGCGAAAUGGAUGACAGUGCUAUUUGUUACUUUUCUCAUAUCGGUUAGUUAUAUGGGAGUGACCAUAGGUGCCCAUAGAUAUUUUGCACACCGAGCAUUUGAAGUUGACGAUACUCUUAAAUAUUUGCUCAUCCUAGUAUAUACUCUUGCCGGUGUGGGUCCCUUGUACGAUUGGGUUUUCUAUCACAGGUUGCAUCACAAAUUUUACAAGACUGAUAAAGAUCCUUAUCUAACUCAUAAAGGAUUUUUAUAUAGUUAUUUUUGGAGUCAUUUGUUAGAUUCACCUUACAAUCAAGAAGAAUUAAAACAGGACAUAGAUAUGCGAGACAUCGAGAAUACAUCCAUUUGUUCACAAAAAAUAUUCUACUGGAUUUUGUUCCCAGUAAUAACGUUAUUCAUUCCUAUCAUCAUCCCUAUAAUAUAUUGGAACGAGACCAUCGUUAAUUCUAUUUUUAUUGUGGGAUUUCUACGAUUAUUUAUAAUGAGCAACGUAUCAAAGAUGGUGAACAGCGCCAUAUUGGUUUGGGGUUUUAAACCGAAUGAUAGGUUUCCAAUUGAAGAUAAUUCGAUGUUCUUCUUGAACAAAAGUUAUUGGAUGAAUUAUCAUUAUCUUUUACCUUGGGAUUGGAAAAGUACAGAAUUUGGCACAUACAAUAAAGGUUUGACUAUAAUAAUGAUUAAAAUUCUUAAGGACAUGAAUUUUGUGCAUUUACCUAAAACCAUAUCGAGCGAAGAUAUCAGAGUUGCACUUUUAAAAUGUGCUAAUAAGGAGGCAUCAUGGGAAGAUAAUUUAUUUCAAUUGAAAGAACAAAGCGAUGCUAAUGCUAUAAAAAAAAGUCUUCGUUAUAUGCAUUAAUAUGUAAAUUAAUGUGUAUUUUAUAAUAUAAUUUAUAUGCAUUACGAUUAAAUCAUAUAUUAAUAUUAAAAAUAUAUCACUUUUAAUGUUUUUAUAUUACUGAAAUAUAGAAUUAAAAAUGGAGAUAAUAUUAUAAUAAAAACAACCAAAAAUAUGAAAUAAAAUAUU